CAUUUAGUACAACAAACAAAACACACACAGCCUAACUUGAAGUACAAAAGCUUGUACCAAAAUUAAUGGAAAUCCAUCUUCUUCAGUUCAACUUCACUACUUUCUUGCUUUUCACAUCCUUCGUCUAUUUGUUAGUUAAGGGGUGGAAGAAAUCGAAGUCCCUUAAGGAGAACAAAAAGUAUCCUCCAAGUCCGGGAUGGAAGUUGCCUUUGAUCGGACACUUACACCUCAUGAUGGGCGCACUCCCACACCGCUCCCUCAGUAAAUUAUCCAAACAAUACGGGCCGAUCAUACAUUUGAAGCUGGGUGAAGUUUCCUCAAUUGUUAUAUCGUCGCGUGAAAUUGCCAAGAAAGUACUCACGGUAAAUGAUCUUGCUGUUGCAGACAGACCGGAAAGUAUAGGGAUGAAGACUUUAUGGUAUGACUAUAAGGAUCUUGCCUUUAGUCCAUAUAAUGAGCACUGGAGGCAAAUGCGUAAAAUAUGCAUUAUGGAGCUCUUGAGCAACAAAAAUGUUCGGUCAUUCGGUCAUAUAAGGCUAGACGAGACUUCUAAUCUUAUUAAAUCUGUUCGAUCACAUGGCGGAGAACCAUUCAACAUGACUGACAAGAUAUUCGCAUUCACAAGUAUAGCCACAUCUAGAGCGGCUUUCGGUGAGAUCUUGAAAGAGCAGGACACUUUGAUAAAGUUCAUGAAGAAAGGAGUGACCUUGGCAGGGGGAUUCGAAUUGGCAGAUUUGUACCCAUCACUAAAGUUCCUUCAAAUUUUCAGUUGGAAUAAACAUCAAUUGUUGAAGAUGCGUCAUAAACUCGAUUCAAUUCUUGAUGUCAUGCUCAAUGAGCAUAAACAUAAGCUUGCUAGAGGGAAAAGAGACAAUGGGGAGUUGGGUAGUGAAAACAUUGUAGACGUUCUCCUCCGAAAGCAACAAAGUGACGAUCUUGAUGUUCCGAUAACCGAUGACAACAUCAAAGCAAUCAUCUUCGAUAUGUUUACAGCCGGAACUGAAACUUCAUCCACAACAUUCGAUUGGGUGAUGACAGAAUUGAUGAGAAAUCCAAGAGUGAUGGCAAAGGCACAAGCUGAAAUAAGAGAAGCCUUUAAAGGAAAGAAGACAAUUGAGGAAAGUGAUAUUCAAAACCUAAAAUAUCUGAAGUUGAUAAUCAAGGAAAACUUUAGGGUACAUCCCGCUGUCACUUUACUCCCAAGAGCAUGCAGGGAAGAAUGUGAAGUCGAUGGGUAUACCAUACCCUACAAAGCAAAGGUUGCUGUGAACAUCUGGGCUUUGGGAAGAGAUCCAGAAUAUUGGGAAGAACCAGAAAUCUUUAAACCCGAGAGAUUCGAGAACAGUUCUGUUGAUUUCUUGGGAAAUAACUUCGAAUUUAUUCCAUUUGGAUCAGGAAGGAGGUUUUGUCCUGGCAUGAACUUUGGAAUUGCAAAUAUUGACGUGCCUUUAGCUCAACUUCUUUAUCACUUUGACUGGAAACUUCCUCAUGGAAUGAACCAUAGUGAUCUAGACAUGAGUGAGAUACCUGGAGUAAGUGUGCAGAGAAAAAAUAACCUUUAUUUGAUCGCUACACCCUACAACCCACCAAUUGAAGGUUAAUUUAUCCAAGGCCAGAGGGCAGUUCUGAUUGCCAAAUAAGCUACACUGCCUGGAUCAUUUGCUGGUUUUAAUAUUUGUACUCUUUAUAUAUAUUUAUCAUUUUCAUAUCAAUAAAAUUUACCGUGCUUCAGAAAUACAAUUUA